UAAGACAACAACAUAAAUCGCUUUCAAAAUAAAACACACACGCACACACGUUUUCACCUCACUUUUCAGUCAUUCAUUAGUUUUCUCGGUGCUGUGUAUAGGUGCGCGCCUGUGUGCAACUGACGUCUCUUCUUUUAUCAUUAUCGCAAUCCUAAUCAAGAACGUUGACUGGCCCAGUUGGCGACAUGGAAUAUUGACUUCCGAUGAGAUCGAAGUGUUUUUUUUUUAUUAUUAUUUCGAUUCCAUCCCUGUGCUCCUGAUUAGACCUGGAUACUUCAUCCACAGACUGCUUGUAUAGCCUCGUUUUGAUAUCACGUUCUAUUUAUAGCAACACCUAAUGAAUCAUUGUGAAUUUUGAUUUCAUAAAUUUAUCCGUAUUUGAAUUCAAGGGAAACAACUUAUUCAGCUCGAUCACGCAACAUCGAGUGACACAACUCGCACGCCCUACGUCUGCAGCCCAGCGCGAGUACACAUUGCAAGGCGGGAGUGGAAAUCGUUAGAACGCCUUUAAGGCCGCGACUUAAUUUUUUUUUCUUCCAUCUCCUCCAAUUUUUUUUUCUCCGCGAUCUCAUUCUCGUGCCUGCCACACGUACUUCCGGUCGUCGGCCAUAAUGCAACUUGCCAACUACCAAAACUUUCGCGGGAUUUAAUCCUUCUUUUCUUUUUUCUUCAAAUGAGAGCUCUCACAGGUGUUACCGCCAGCCGCCGAGUCAUCCAUGGUCAACGUUACUGUAGUGGUUGUUGCAGUCAUCAACAUGUAGUCUUCUGUGUUCCUCAACGACAACCUCGCGAUCUGUCCUCGGGUAGAGUGAUGGCGCGGGGUCAGUGGCGUAGAAAUGAAUUCUUCCUUUGUGGUUUCAACACUGGGACGGACCAGGCUGCUACACUGUGGAUAUAGUAGCAGAUUCGCGCUCAUUUCCUUCAUCUAGUGUCUGAGUGUUUAGUAGUUAGUCGAUUUGAGUUUUCUUGAAGCUAUGUCUGUAUUUACCUCUGAGCUCACAGACUGUACAUUCAUUGUGCGUGGGGAAAGAAACAGUCCAGGAAUUAAUCGAUAAAACUUCACUUGCAACAUGGGCAAGAAAAUACAGUGCAUCGGACGGUACGCCCUGGAGGGGCACCUCCUUGGCAAGGGCAGCUUUGCGAGAGUCGAGCUUGCCCAUCAUUCAGUCACUGGAUGUAAGGUGGCCAUCAAGAUUAUUGACACGCGAAAAUUGAAGGAGGAGUACCAGAAAAAUAAUGUCCAACGGGAGUCCAGAAUCCUGGGACAGCUGAGACACCCUAACAUUGUCAGGCUAUAUGAAACACUCAAGGCUACGACGCUGCACUGUCUUGUUAUGGAGUACGCCUCUGGAGGGGAGCUGCAAGCCUUUAUCAAGUUACAAAAGGAUUUUAGAUUGUCGGAGGAUAGGGGCCGACCUUACAUACGACAAUUGGUGUCGGCCCUGCAUUACCUGCACGAAAGAGGAGUCGCGCACAGAGAUCUAAAGAUGGAAAAUAUUAUGUUGGACACACCAAAGAAAAAUAUAAAAAUGGUUGAUUUUGGCCUUAGCAAUACGUUUUCCAAAGAUGAGUUGAUGAAAACGCACUGUGGAUCUCCAGAAUAUGCAGCACCAGAGCUCUUUACACCUGGAGAGAAAUAUGGCCUUGAAAUUGAUAUAUGGAGUUUUGGUAUUGUUAUGUAUGCAAUGCUAGUUGGAAAGCUUCCGUUUACAACGCCUUACACUGAUCAGUAUCGGAGGCAAAAACUUGUACAACAAAUGGAGAAAGGAUUGGUGGAUGUACAUCAUCAAGAGAUGGCUCAUCUUUCUGCAGAUUGUCAGGAUUUGCUACAAAGAGUUAUUGAGCCAAGUCCUAGUUUGCGGUUGCCUUUAUUAGAUAUGGAAAUUCAUUCAUGGAUAACUGAAAAUGGAAAAAAACCAUUUUUUCCCUUUGGCACAUUUCCUCGGGACAAAAAUAUGAAAACACAGCUGCAGGAUUCCAUGACUAGUCUUGAAGAAGAUGAGACUCUUGAGGAGCUUGCUACAGCCUUGGGAAUGAAGAAAGAAAUUUUAGAACAAAAAGUUGCGGAAAAUAAAUCAGAUGAAUAUUCUGCCAUGUUUAAUAUGAUAUUAGAUAGGAAGCGUCAACAACAAGGUAUAUACGAUGUAGAUCAUACUUUGAAAUGUGAAAAGAAAGAACCAAAGAAGAGGUCGAAAUCUGCACACUCAGCAAAUAAGAAAGGUGGUGAUAAAAAGAAUUUAUCAAAAGGGCCACCAGCAUUAGUUUUAUCCACCGAUGAUUCAACUGAUCCAACACAGCAUAGUGCCAUAGAUACAGAAACAGAGACCAAAUUCAGUUCUUUUGACUUUCUUGCCCUGUGUAGCACACCUACAUGGUUGGGACCAGAAAGACGAAAGUCUAGGAGGCGAUCAAGGUCACCCAUGCCUUCUCCCCAUAUUCAGCAGCAUGGGACUCAGGGUUUAUCUGUGAGAAACCAAAUGAAACGGGACUAUAUGGAGCGCCAGGCCAUGGAAAUAGAACGAGAAAUGCUGAGGGAGGAAAGAGCUGCCGCUGCUGGACUUCUUUCACCUAAUUCAGCUAAUCAAUGUAGUCCAACCAACAACGAUCAUCCACCUGUUGGUGCAAGCCUUUCUGUGCCAGGGAGUGAGCCUUCCAAUUCACAACUUGCCAUUCGUCGAAGCUCUUCAUUUAAACUGUCGAGAAGACGAGCACGCUCUUGUGGCCCUUCACAUAGGCCCAAAGGGACUUACCAGCGCUCAGGUUCAAUUGAUCACCGUCCUGAAAAGGAAGAAGCAUCUCAUUUGGCAACUAGUUUGGCACAUUCCAAAGAGGGAAGCAGUGCACCUGUUAUUGUUGGAGAAGACAUUCUACGCAGAGGCACCACAAAAACAUCCUCACUUAAGAUAAGAAGUGCUCAGUCAGGUUCUAUUUCCCGUAGAAAGGGAAGUGUAGAUUUUGACUUGAGAAUACAAAAUCCAAAUACGGAUAUUACAAAGAAAAGUCUUCUCACUGUUCCUACAUCAGAACCCAAAAAACAUUUUCUUGAGGUUCCAGAAGUAGAACAUCAAAACAAGAACUAUUUGACUGUACCUUGUCUUGAUAUGGGAAGUAACCCACAAUUAUGUGUUUCUCAAGAUGAAAUAUUUAUUCCUUCUGAGGAUAGCUUAUCUUCCAUAUCGGGUUCUAAAAGUGUAACAAGACCAGAUAACCUAACUUUGAGAGAAUGUUACCCUACUUUGAAAGAAGACAGUAACAAAAGUAAUGUGCAGUUGUUACCCCAAAAACCAACAUUAUCAGGACUUAAUGGUCCUCUGACUAAUGUUGAAGUACAUUAUAUAGAUAGUUCCAAUCCAAGUUCUUCUACAGAUCUCCUUAGAACACAGGGUCAUUCAUCUUUGAAGCUUGAUUCAUUAGAUUUGCCCAUUGUCGGUGUUGACAUGUCCAAUGGUUCAAAUAGUUCAGAUUUCUUUUCACUUGAUAUGAGUGAUAAUCAACCUCCAAAGUCAACACCAUCGGAAAAGAUACCAGAGGUAAAAGCCAAACAUCAGCGACUUAAGCCUCGUCUUACUCAGUCAGAAAGCACACCUUCAUCCUCUUUGCUCAGACCUCUAAAUCCAAAUACUAAUCAUAUGAUUCUCAGUAAUGGUAUGGAUGGUGGCAUAAAAGCUAUGCAAAUUGGUCAAGAUGAGCCUCUUGUGUUGUGCAACGCAACUGAAAACUCUGAAAGUCUUCUUCUUGGUGCGGAAUGUUCUUUUGUCCAUAGUAAUUCUGCUCUUCAUGAUGAGAUUUCUGACCUUCAUGACACUUUUGAUGGUUUAAUUUUAUCUUCGGAUGGUUUUGAUGAAAAUGAUGAUAGAGUGGAUAGUAUGACAGAGCUAAUUUCUGAAUCUUUCAGACAUGAAAUUAUGGUAAAUACCAAAAGCAGUGGUAGCACUCCUAUAGGCAUAGGAGCUACCCAGAAAAUCAGCAGACCAAAUUCUGUAGCUACACCUGAGGAUGAUCUUUUAAUGUCAUCCAGAAAGGGUAGCAGUAGUGCUGCCAGCAGAAGCUCAAAAUCAGGAUCCAGCAGAAAACAAGGAAGUGGCAAAGUCAAAUCUCCCACUACGCCAAUGUGGUUGAAUUUGAAAACACCUUUGGCUCGUAUUGAAAGCUUUCAUAGUGAUGAUUUUGAUAACCUUCGAGACAGUGAUAAUGAAGACAAAGGUUCUUCUUCUUCUAUGUCUGUUACUACCCCCACUGUACCAUGUUUUGCUUACAAACUACACAUGAUGAAAAAAAAACAAUCGAAAUUAAAAAACAAAAAUAGCAACAUUGAUAAUAAUUGUAGCCCCUUACAAAACAAUGAUUAUAUCAUGUCUAAAACAAAUCGAUGUUCUUCAGACAGGAAGCAUCUUUCAUUGAGUCCUGGAAGGCAUGAUGUGACAGAUCCUUUACUAAGUUCAGGAAGUGAAACAGAGCAUCAUGAUGACUGCAUUGAUAGAGUAGGAGUUCCAGGCAAAUCAAAAGUUCAUCCUAUCAUUUUAGAUGACAGGGACACAGAUCUGUUGAGUAAAUCAGAUACUAAAUGUUUACCAUACACCAAUGCAAUCACCAGACAACCUAAUCAGAUAAAGAAUUCAAUAAGCUCCAAAAUAACUGCCAGUUCCGAGGGAGGGGGAAAGAAAAAGUCUUUUACCAAAAAUAUGGCCUGGAGAAAAAGCUUUGCUCAAUUUCUGAAGAGGAAGAAGUAUCAUCAUGGCCAGGUUAUUACAACUCCACCCCAGCAACAAUAUCAGCACCAUCUCCUUCAGCGAUCCCCAAUGCAGCAACCUUCCCCCGGAAAUAAUAACAAUAAUGAUUUUUCUCAUGGAGAGCCCUUGCCACGCAACGGAACAACUGUAUUAGUGAACCAACCUCAAAGUAAGGUGACAGAUGUCUCUACAGGGACUGAGAUAGCCACUACACAAGACCUGGACAAUUUGAAACUAGCCACAACCACUCUAUCCUCAGUCCCUGUAGAGAACAGUAUUAUAGAAUUGAUUGAGCUUCAGUCAUCUCCCAAACUCCACUGCUCCUCCUCCCCAACAAGUCGAGUGUUUGAUUUUACUCUUGCAUCAGAAUCACCUAAGAUGAAAACCUCUUGCCUUCUCAGUUGGGGUUCAUGCCGAGACUGUGGCAGAAGUGAUAUAUCUUCAGAAGAGGACUUUGAAUGUUUCACAACUCAGGAUCCCACAGCCAUUGGCUUAAGUAUGAUACCCAUUGGAGAGAACAAUAUUCAAGAGAACAUCAAUUUUCUUCAAACUUGCCACUUAUCACCUACAUGACAGCAUGACAAAGGUUGUCAACAUUUUAUCAGUCAUCUUAGAAUUGUUCUGUGCACACAUUGGAAAUACACCUUUUGUCUAAUCCUUCGAGCAUUUUCUUAUCAUGAAUUGACUAAACUGUUCAACGUAAAAAAAAAACUCUUUGAAAAAAAAAUUGUGAAAUUCUCUAAAUCAAUUUGUAUAAUGGUUAUUUAUUUUAAUUUUAGUUAAUCCCACAAACUUAUUGUUUUUUUUUAAAUGUAAAAUAGUAACACUUCUCUAAGUAGUCAUUGUAAAUAAAAAUUAAUAACUUCUAUGGGUGAACAUUUCUACUUGUCAGAUUGGCAAGACUAGUAUUAUUAAUGAGAAAUCAUUUUUUAAUAUUGAUUUGUGAUCUUUUGUAGAAUAAUUUAAACAGGCAUUACUUGAAACAAUGUUUAAUGCAUAAAUAUGUAUUAAUUUUUCAGUUUAAAGCUGAUUAAGUUUUUAGAGGAGAGUACUGUAGUUGUAUUAUAAAAGAAAAGCAGCCCUACAAAUAUUUUUCGUAAAAUCUGUGGCAUCAAUAUAAAAACAAACAAAUUGGAAUCUUAUUAACAAUAUCAAACUAAAAGUAAUGUCAGUUAAUGGGUAUCUUCUCAGUUUAUACAUUUAUUUAUUUUUGUUCUUUAUCGGAAAUGCUGGCCAUUUCAAUAACACUACUUGUAAAUUUAUUCACAAUAAGACCAUUUGUAAAUACUUACAUUAAUAAUGAUAUACAUAUAUGUAUAUAUAUAUAUAUUCACAUAUAUAUUGUAUAGACUACCUUGAUUGACAUGUAGAUAGCCUAACUUAUUCCUCUUCUUUUUUGUUUAGUUUACAUCUGUGAUAUUCAGUGAUUGACUUUCUUUUUCAAUACCAUGAAAAUCAGAAAAUUUGAACUAAAAUACCUGAUGCAUUAGUUUGUUUUGUAUUGUUAGUUAAUUGAUAUACAUGGUUUACUCAAACUGUUUAGUAUAUUUUACUAAUUUUUUUUUUUCAAUUGAUACAUUGGGGGUGUUGCUACAAAACAGAUAUUUAUCAAAUUUCUCAGACUGUAAUACACUUUUUUUAAACAUAAAGUAAAAGGAAAAUUCUUUGUUUUCUAGAGCAAUAGUGCUACUUAACAAUUAGGUGGCAUAAGACUUAAGCAUUCAAAGCAAGAUUCUAAUGUGACCACACUUCCAACGUAGUGCAGUGCAAAGGAGAUAUCUGAAUUAGGUGUCUUUCCUCACAGAAUAAUACCAGUCUCUUACUACCUACACAAAGCAAAAAAGAGUAACAUAGAUCUACCAUUUACUUUACAGAAAUGGUGUCAUAGUACAGCUUUUAGGUUUAUAGGGCCUAUUGUUGAAGUAUUAUUUUGUUUAUUUCAUCAAUUAUAUUAGUUUGAUUCCGCAUGAUUUUUUCUUUUUUAUUUUCUUCUUUAAAACAUGCUUUUUAUGGUUUGGUGCAUCUUAUGAAGUGAAAAGAACAAUAUUUUAAACAAUAAAAACAUACCCGGGACAUCUAAAGUGAAUAUUGUCUGUUUUAGUUAGUGAUACUUUUGUAUUCUGUGUCUGAAACUCAGCAGUAGACAUUUAAUUGUCUGUUAUUAAUUGCAUGUUUUAGUGGAUCAUUUAUUGUGUGGUAUGCUUUUUUUUAUAGCUUGAACAGAAUCCUCCACACGCCAUCAUGACUCAAUGUGUCAAAUGCUUUGGUGAAAUUUAUGAAAGCAGCAUACAAAUCCAGUUUCUGCUUACGCAUUUGACAAAAAUCAUUACCAAUGUAUUUCUACCAGCCUGGAAUUCACAUGACUCUCACAGAGCACAUUGCAUGCUUUGGAGUAGGUCAGUCAGUCAAGGAGUAUUCUGGCAAAGGUUUUUCUUGUCAUUAACAGUAUGGUAAUGCGUAAUGGAGCGGUUGGACUUAUCACCCAUUGUUGUACAGGGAUAUGAUGGUGGCAUUGCAAAGUUAAGGCUGGAUAGUGCAUUUGUCCCAGUACAAAGUAUAGAGGUCUGUUGGGCUUUCUGUAAGAGCAGCACCUUCCUGAUGCCCUUCAAGAUUCCUAUCCAUUCUCAAGGAGUUUCAUGUUGGACAAAAAGACCACAUUUGACAAUGAUGACCUUUCUGAUCACUUCCUUAUUGAAAAUGGCCUAAAGAAGGGUUGUGUACUUGAUAUUACUCUGUUUUAUCUUCUUUGGCGCAAUGCUGAGUCAGACAGCAGUGUGUUCAACCUUCGGUGCAGUACUGAGUCAGACAGCAGUGUGUUCAACCUUUGGUGCAAUGCUGAAUCAGACAGCAGUGUGUUUAACCUUCGGUGCAAUGCUGAGUCAGACAACAGUGUGUUCAUCCUUUGGAACCUACUGUCCCACACUAAAACAAAGUAUGGUGAAACAAAUUACUCCAGCUGCCUACAAAAAUUGGUGUCUACCAACUAUUGGUUCUCACCAUGCUUUUGUAUGGCUCUGAAACUGGGUUACACUAUAUAUGGCAUCUUAGACUUCUCAAACUCUCCAUAAUGGGCAAAUGCUGGCAGUACUAACUUAUAGAUAAUAAUGUUCUGCUGGAGGCUGGUGUGGUCAGUAUAGAAGCACUACUAACCAUUCGACAGCUACACUUAUCUCGCAUGGGGUACAACAGCAUGGAAAAGGCAAACUUUAAGGAGAAUGGCGUAUCAGAGGUGCCCCCCAUAAGUGCUAUAAAAGAUCAACUCAGGCACCAUUUUGCUUAAACAGUUAUCCUAAACAUUGAAAAUGAAGCUAUGUUAUGACAGCACAAAAUUUUAUAGAUUAAUGUCACAGGUAUUAGUCAUUCAUUUACUUACUGAGCUCAUAUGCCACUUAAUGUUUUUAAUCAAUUUUGUUUACUGGUGUUUUAUAAAAAUGUAAGCAAAAAUAUUUGGGAAUGUAUUUGUUUUCUCUCAAUGUUAACCAAGCCAAAAGUUACAUUUUAUACUCUUAAUCUGAGAGCAAUAAUUAUAAACAGCAUACUGAUAGUCAAGGGCUUAGUUUUUUAAGUAGGUGCCUACUUGGUUUGCACUAAAUUGUGUGCAUUUUUACUAAAAACAUUGAAGGAAUGAUACACACCAGCAUGAAAGAAAAUUAGUAAUGGCCAGGGAAGAUGAAAAAUAGAAAACUCAUUUUUUUUUAUUUUAACAAAAAGGCUGAUCUGUAGGAGAAUAGAAUCAAAAGAUAUCAACACAAAAGCGAUGCCUGUAAAUGAUCAUAUUCAUUAAAAUGACUUAAUUACAAUGAAAAAUUAUAUCAAACUUUUCUGUAUGACUCAUAUGAAAUCUAAUACUCAAAAUAACCCAAAUUUGCUAUGAAGUCUAUUAUUUUUGACAUUAGGAAUUUACCUCUUGAAAACCCUUCACUUACAACAUUAUAAAUCUGAACCAACUGGCAUUAUAAAUAGCUUUAAAUAUUUGUUACAAAGAAAGGAUCCAACCCUGAACUUGUUACUGGAAUCGCUCAAACUACUUAGGGCCUACAUGUCAUCCCCAUAAAAAUAUUUUUCAUACUAACCAUGACACCUUGCAACAAGCCCAAGAUUGGUUCUUUCAAUCAAAACCAAUCAAUAAAAUAAAAUGUGCUAAAUAAAACUGGCUGCUAGUAAAAAAGUAAAGUCCCCCUUUCAGACCUUGUGGUCUAUAGGGCAGAUGAUGUAAAGGUCAUCUGUUUCUGUGGCCUACGGUUAACAAGGGUGCCAUGUGGCCAGCACAACGAUCAUUCGCCUUUACUUUUCCCUAACUAAUGUCAGGUACCCACUUAGAGCUGGGUGGACCGAAGAUCCUGAAAUUAAAAAUCCCAGUCUUCACCAGGAUUCGAACCCCGGUUCGGAAGCCAAGCGCUUUACCGCUCAGCCACCGCGCCUCCGGCUGCUAGUAGCCUAUUACAUAAUUAUAUUGCAUCUGGAUAUAAACUAAAAAUGCACAAGUGUAAGAUUAGCAAAAGGCCAACGUUAAAUUAGUAAAAGUAAAAUAAUUUGAGCAUAAUUAAGCUAGUCAUUUUUAAUCAUUUCUAUAAAUAUAUUUCAUUCCAUAAUGUAAUAGAAUCACACUAAGCAUUUAAUUUAUUCCUCCCGGUUAUAUUAAUUUUGUCAGUGACAUCAUUUUAUUCUGUAUUUUUUAUUGAAUAUUUUAGGUUAUGUUCAAGUUGAGCUCAUAAUAAUAGAAUCCCAUUAAUUAAAAUAAAGCUUGUAAUAAUAAUACAAUCCCAUUAAUUAAAAUAAAGCUGGGUUGUGAUUUAGUCAUAUUCUCUAUAAAGAGAUGAGUCUGUCAAUAAUAAUUGGAAAAAUAAUUCAUUCCAGACAAUUAAUAUGAUAGGAAGAUUGUCUAAAUUGGGCCUAUGCUAUAACUAAGAUAUAUAUGAGUAGCCCUUUUUGUUGUUUACAUAGUUCAUCUAGACAUUAUCUAGUUGUUGUUUUUUAGUCAUUUCUGCAUUUAUUUGCACACUAUUUAAAUGUAAUGAAUAAGUCAAACUUGAAGCAAUGUACAUUUAAAAGUAAUCUAUGUACAUUUUUCAAUAGCAUUUAUUUCAAAAUUAACAGAUUUUCGUUUCAAAUGGUAGACAGUGAGAAUUCACCAUUAGUUUUUUUAAGUUUAUAAAGAUUCCUUUUUUUUAUGUUGUAUAUAUAAAUUUAUGAGAAAACAAUGUUCUAUAAAAUUGAAGGUAGAGCCCAUAAUAAAUGCUUUUCUCAGCUUCACCUAAUCAACUUUGAAGAAGUUCUUUCUUCCAAUCCUUCUCACUUUACUUCCAUCACUCCCUUAUGUAUAUUGAACAAAUAAUUGUUAUAAAUGUUACGUAAUUUACUUUCCCAAAUCUCACCCCCUUUAGGUAAGAUGGCAUACAUCAUUUAAAAAAUUGUAUACAAACUUACACAAAUACACCUGUAUAGAUAAAUAAACAUAUAUAGCAUACUACAUAUACAUGAAGGCUAAUCCCUUUCUAUGUAAUAGCAGCAUUGGAACUGGUUCAGCAAACUCUACUAGUCAAAAUUGUUGUUCCUUUGAUGAAUAAUACUCAAGUAUUCUCACAUAGUAUUCAGUUAGCUUUAGUUGAUGUGAAAUCUUCUUUGUUGGGCUGUGGCAAUUUGUUUAGUUUUUGUGUUUAUAAAAAAAAUAAGUUCUAUCAAUAUUUGCCUGUAUCACAUUUUCUUCUUUCCACAUUCUUUGUUUAUGGGUUGUGAUAUUGACUGGUGAAUUUACUUCACUUCCAGACAUUGUGUACAUAGAUAUACAUAUAUAAAUAUAAUUCUAGCUACUCACAUCUUUUAUAGUGUUAUUUGCAUUUGUCAUGGGGUACAUUUGAAGGCAUCAAAUAUAGCAUUUAUUUGUAUGUGAUCUAAACAUUGGUUAUUACUUACUCUAAACAACUCUGUACUAUCAGUCACCCAUGCCCUUUACUGUUUUGGCUUUAUUUUUUUGGGCUUGUUUUGUUUGGUUGUGUCCGGUGAGAUAAGGCUUUGACUGAUGACGCUAAUUCUCAGUUUAUUUGAUAUUUCUGAGAGUAAAACUAUGCCACAUGCAUUUAACCUGUCCAUGACAAGUGGAGACUGGUAUCUGUUGGUUUAUCAUUAAUGGAGUAACUCCAUUUCAUUUUGUGAUUUUUUUUAUUCCAUUAAUGAUACUGUUUAAGUGCCUCCAACUCAAUAUGCUGGUACAUGGUCAAUUCUUACAAAUAAAGACUUUUUGUUUCUUCAGCAUGCUGAUGUAUUUAUUCUCUUUCCAAAAUGAAUAGUGGCGUUUAAACAAAAAUUAUCAUUUUGAUGCCAUAAGGUUUUGAUGCUUAAAGAACAGACAAAAGUAUUCAGAUUUGUUUGGAACCCUUUAGCCACUUGGUGAUCACUUGUAGAACACACUUGUUUCUGUUCCUUGAGACCUGUCCAUGUUUGUGUGGAAGAGAAAGUUGUAUUCAUUUGAAAACACUCUGUAUAUAGCCAACUAGUUGUGAUUAUAGAAUGCUGUUCCCUUAAAAUAUAUUCUGAGGAAGCUCAAGUAUCUUAUCACUAUUUCACCUUUUCAUAGAUAUCUUUGAGAUUGUUGGUUAACAAUUGUUAUACUAGCACAAAUGUGUUUGUUUUUGUUUUAGGUGGUUUGUAUCAUACCUUUUUUGUUUAUUUUUUUAUUAGGUGGUUUGUACCAUACUUUUUUUGUUUUUGUAGUUAAAGUUUUAG